AUGGCUUUUAUUUCUGAGGUCAACAUGAGUUACUCUUCUUCUCAUUAUAUGGAUGAUGAAUAUGAGAAACUCUUCAGGAGAAUGAAUCCUCCUAGGGUUGUAAUUGAUAAUGAAGCCUGCAAGAAUGCCACUGUUAUAAGGGUUGAUAGUGCAAACAAACAUGGAAUACUUCUUGAAGUUGUGCAAAUCCUUACUGAUUUGAGUCUCAUCAUAACUAAGGCUUACAUAUCUUCUGAUGGUGGAUGGUUCAUGGAUGUUUUUAAUGUAACUGGCCAAGAUGGAAACAAAGUCACAGAUGAAGUCGUUUUGGAUUACAUUAGAAAGUCUCUUGGACCUGAAUCCUGCUUUCCGACUAAGAUGAGAUCUGUUGGUGUUAAACAAACAAUGGACCACACAGCAAUAGAGUUAAUGGGAAGUGAUAGGCCAGGAUUGCUCUCAGAAGUGAGUGCUGUUCUCACAAACCUCAAAUGCAACAUAGUGAAUGCCGAGGUUUGGACUCACAACACUCGUGCAGCUGCUGUAAUGCAUGUGACCGAUGAGGAAACCGGUUCUGCUAUCACCGACUCUCAGAGGCUUUCGUUAGUUAAGGAGCUUCUAUGCAAUGUGCUUGGUGGUGGAAAUAGGAAAAGAGGUGCCAAAACGGUUGUCACGGAUGAUUCAACACAUACUGAUAGAAGGCUUCAUCAGAUGAUGUUUGAUGAUAGGGAUUAUGAACGUGUCGACGAUGAUGACUUUGACGAGAAACAAAGACCGAACGUUGAUGUUGUUAAUUGGUCCGAUAAAGAUUAUUCUGUUGUUACUAUUGAAUGUAAGGAUCGGCCGAAGCUUUUGUUCGACACGGUUUGUACUUUGACAGAUAUGCAAUAUGUAGUGUUUCAUGCUAAUAUUGAUGCUGAGGGGCCACAAGCAUAUCAGGAAUAUUACAUCAAGCAUAUAGAUGGGUCCCCUGUAAAAUCAGAUGCAGAAAGACAAAGAGUGAUCCAAUGUCUUGAAGCUGCAAUUGAGAGAAGAGUUUCUGAGGGUUUGAAGCUAGAAAUCUGCACCACCGACAGAGUAGGACUGUUAUCAAAUGUGACACGUAUCUUUAGAGAGAAUAGCCUCACAGUUACAAGAGCAGAAGUAACGACGAAAGGAGGCAAAGCUGUUAACACAUUCUAUGUUAGUGGAGCUUCUGGUUGUAUUGUUGAUUCAAAGACAAUUGAAUCCAUUAGGCAAACAAUUGGUAACACAAUACUAAAAGUAAAGGGUAGUCUUGAAUCUGUUCCUCAAGAUUCUCCUACAAGAUCUUCUAUCUUUAGUGGUCUUUUCAAGUCAAGAUCUUUUGUUAACUUUGGUUUGGUUAAAUCUUACUCUUGA